AUGGCUAUUAUGGAUAUUGAAACAUUGGAUGCGCUGGCAGACGCCUUGCCAAGGCUGCUUAAGAAGGACGGAAUGUAUAUUUUCCCUGCUGGGCACCAUUGUUUGACACUACCAACGCGGCUAUCAGUACUAGCGAAGUUUCAGAUCCUCAAACUGGAUUAUCUCGAAUCACUCGAACUCGAGUCAUUGAAAAGUAUCUCCACGUCCCGCCGUGGCGAGGUGUCGCUAUGGCUGACCAGCCAAAAUGGCAUGUACGUUGAUCCUGGAAAAGAGAGGGAGCAACAUGCUGCUCAACUUGCUGAUCGUCGGCUGACUUGGGAGAAGCUUUACUUCCACCGUCCAUUGCAUGAGCUCUUUGGCGUCUUCUUCAAGGCAGGACUGGUUAUGGAUGCACUCGAAGAGCCAACGUUCUCGGCUGAGCAGGCGGCGACUGGGGAUAGGCAACGCACCGAUCGAACCCAGAUACCUGUCCUCCUGGCUUUCCGACUACGACUGGCAAAGUAA